CCCCAUGACUCUGAACCGCGGCGACAAGCUGCGCUACCUGGACAAGCGGCGCGGCACCAUGCCCGUCUCCGUGCACCAGCAGCUGCACCGCCGGAGCAUGCCGGUGGACGAGCGAGACCUGCGGGCUGCUCUGCCGCAGGAUGAGCUCUCCGGCUUGGUUCGCUGCACCUCGUACAGCCCCGGCGAGCCGCAGCGGGAGAGCUGGGCCUCCGACUCUUCCGACUCCAUCACCUCCUCGGGCAGCGACUCCGACAGCAGCCUCUACAAGGUGAUCCUGCUGGGCGAGCACGGCGUCGGCAAGACCAGCCUGGCCCGCAUCUUCGGCGGCGUGGAGGACUGCGCGGACGCGGAAGAAGCCGGAAAUACAUACGACAGAUCGAUUGUAGUUGACGGAGAAGAAGCUUCUCUCGUGGUGUUCGAUAUUUGGGAGCAGGACGACAGCCAAUGGCUUCAGAACCACUGUAUGAAGAUGGGAGAUGCCUAUAUCAUUGUGUACUCAGUGACAGACAAAGUUAGCUUUGAAAAGGCCUCUGAGCUAAGAAUCCAGCUAAGAAGAGCAAGGCAGACAGAAGACAUUCCUAUUAUUCUUGUGGGCAACAAAAGCGACCUGGUCAGAUCCCGGGAAGUGUCAGUUGAUGAGGGCCGGGCCUGUGCUGUCGUGUUUGAUUGCAAGUUCAUCGAGACCUCAGCUGCUCUUCACCACAACGUGAAGGACCUGUUUGAAGGCAUUGUUCGGCAGAUCAGGCUUCGCAAGGACAGUAAAGAGGACAACGCCAGGAGAAUGGCCAACACGAAGAGAAGGGAGAGCAUAGGCAAAAAGGCAAAGCGCUUCCUGGGCAGGAUUGUGGCAAAGAACAAUAAGAAGAUGGCUUUCAAGGCAAAAUCAAAGUCUUGCCAUGACUUGUCAGUGCUUUAGAAGCCUUCAGCAAGAGCAGAUGUUGCACAUGGGGAUGAGCAAGCGUUUGACUGUUGUGAGAAGUGUGUGGCUGCUCCUCAUGGCGCUAACAAGAACGACUUAGCAACCGAGACUCAUCAAUGCCUUAAGAUGUGCAAGCGAGUCCGGGAGUUACACUGCGAUGUCUGCUUCAUCGAUGAAUGGUUUCAGUUUCAGUGUUUGCAAGUGGAUGAACUGAUGUUAAGUGGCUCGAGGUGGCCACGUUUUCACUGUGUACAUAUGUCGUAGAUGCUCCUGUCCUGUGGGUAGCAGAGAUGCGAAGACAAAGGACGCCAAUGAGUAUCACCACAGACUCUCUCGUUUGCAGAGCAAAACUUCAACUUGUACGCAGGCUCGUACACUUUUUAGCAUAAAGCAAGCAAUGAUAAACCUUUUUAAACUUAAAAGUGUGUGUGGGGGGUGGAGUAGAACCACACUAGAAGGGGAGAAAACCGAUUCCACCUAGAGUUAAAUCCAGAGCAGACAGCAUUUUAUGAAGUUAAUUUGCACUUCCAUUAACUGUUACUCGAUUAAUUUGGUACUUGUUUACAUGCAGAUUUUAUAAUAAAGUAUUAUUUCCUGUUACAAUAAACUGUGCUUUUCUCAAGAGUAUGGGUCAAUAAAGAGAGCAGUAUUUUUGUACUGA